AUGAGGUGUCAAAAUGGCAUAUGUUUAUUAGUGCCACGUGACCCAUUUCACAACAAAAAUUAUCACCUUGCUGUUCAUACAUUUUUUUUUCAUUCCCUACAAAAUGAUAACCAAAAAAGGAAAAUUUUACAAACAACAAGAGAUGAAGGUAAUAAAAUAUUAUUUUGUGCAAACCAUCUGUUACAACAUAAUGGCACCAGGAACCAUGUCCCCAAAUUUAUGCAAAUGAAGAUAAUGAGUUAUACAAAAACAAGCAGCAUGAGAAGAAACACGCUUGGGCAGAAAAUCAAGGAAGAAAGAAGUAACACCCAUGAAUACCAUCCAAAAAGUAGAAUAAAAACAGGUCAAAGGAAUCAUAAAGAAAAUGACCAUAUUAAACAUGAUGUUAAAGAUAAAAUGGAACUUGAAUUUUCCACAUGUAGGAAUGUUAUAAAUGGUUGUCUCCCACCGGAAGAGAACCAUCAUGAUGAAAACCGUGAAACAAAUGAGUUGAAUAAUUUAUGCAAAAAAAUUUAUUACCUAAGCAAGAAUAGAGUGAAAAAUGAAAAAGUAUGGAUAUAUUAUAUAAACGAAUUAUACAAAGAAAAAAAAAACUUCCCUUUUGUAAGUAUAAAAAAUUUGCUGCUCAUAUUACUAGGAAUAACUAAGAGUCAGUAUGUUGUUAAAGAUAUACUAUGUUGUGAUAUCCCAAGAGGACAUAAUGAAGAUCAGUUGGGGAAAAAAACAAACACUGCUGAUAUUGUGGAUGUUCUUAUAGAUAUACUCUCUGGAAGAAUGAAUCAAAUGACAAACAAUCAGUUAAGUAUCUUUAUACACAUUAUUCAAAAAUGGAACAGGAGCGAACUGUACAAAGAUAUUAUAGACAAAAUUAAUAAUAAAAUUUUAGUUGAAACCCCUUUGAAAAAGUUAAGUACGAGAACCUUUUCCAAUAUUCUGCACAUAUAUGCCAAGGGCUCAGGGAAAGUUACAUCUAACAAGCACAUCCUACAAGAAACCAUCAAUAACUCUUUCAUACAACCAAACGGACAAGCAAACAGAAUCAUAAAGAAUCUUCGCAAGGGAAAUGUUCGAUUAGAGGACAUACUUCGCCUCAUUUGUGCCAUGUAUAGAUUAAAAAUAAAGAACACAGAACUCCUAGAAAUUGUUAUCCAGGUAUUAAAUGAUAAAGUAAAGGAAGGGAGUUACUUCUUAACACCUUCUAUACUUCUCUACCUAGCAAAUCUGAACAUAUACAAUGAAGAACUGUGGAAAAGGUUUAAAAUGAUAAUAAUUCAGAAUUAUCAAUUUUACAAUUCAGUACAUCUAACUAAUGUGUUCUAUGGGUUCUCAAAAUUUAUCCCCAGUGGAGUGGAAGAGCUGUUUGACCUAUUGGCUAGUCAUAUCAUGCAUAAUUUUGGGGAUAAAUGUGGAAAAAACGAAAAAAUAUUAUGCAAAUCUGAAAAACAUUCUAUAGAUACAAAACCAGUUGACCUACUAAAAUCAGAUAUCCCCACCAUAUGGGACAAUAAAGUUAACAAAUUGAAUAUCUUUCAAAUAACGAACAUUAUAAAGAGCUGCAUAAAUUGUAAUUACAUAAAUUACAACUUUUUUGAAUUUUUACUUGAUCAGUUAAGAAAAUCAAAAGAAUCACAAUCGUUAGAUAAUCAAAUCGAUUCAUUGAAAGUUAUUUCUAAAAUUUUAAGAACGGUUAACAACCAUUCUGUUUACAAAUAUGUAGUGUAUUUUCAUCAGACAGAAAAAGGAAAUCUUUCCAAUCAUAUGGAAGAAAAUCCAUAUAUCUAUUUGAUGAACCAAAAAUGGAUACAUAAAGAGAUAUAUACAUACAUCUCGGGCUACGAUAUAUGUAACAUUUUUCAACCAAUGAUAUAUUGUAACCAUCAUAUGGGUUCUAAAAGAAAGGAAGAACAAAAUAAUUUUGAAAUUUUCUUGGAUGAAAUGAGUGAAAAAGUAAGAGAAAAAAUUGAACAACAUUUAUAUGAACCCCAAAUGAAACUACUGUUUCAUAAAUUAAUUCUCUGCCUAUCUUUCAGCAAAGUGAUAUUUGUAAAUUUAUACGCAUUAUGCAUAAUCAUGUUAGAAGAAAACAAAAAAUAUUUUACUAUUAAUAAUUUAUAUUUUUAUGUAAAAAUUAUGCAUCAAAAUAGAGUUUACAACUAUGAAUUGUUUAGUUGGAUAAUUGAACAUGUGAAGAAAAAUGAACAUCUGCUAGAUGUGAAGAAAAAAAUAAAAAUUAUUUUGCUAUCGUACAACAUUUUUAACAAGAUAAACAGAAAGGAUAUGCAAGAGUUAUGUCACUUCUUUUUAAGCACAGAUGGAGCUACUGAUUCAGGAAAAGAAGGAGCAGUAGCAGCAACAACAGAAGCAGAAGUAGCAGCAUCAUCAGCAGAAGGCAGUUCUGCAAAAAUAACACCAAUGUGGAAAAUUCCAGAAAGCCUAAAUAAAAAGAAAAAAGUUGUAAAUUUGGAUCAUAUUUCCAACGGUUCCAUCCAAAACUGUAUGCAAGAUGAUAUGUGCCAUUUUAUAAAUUCUCAUGCAGACAAAGUUGGCAGUAAGUACAUAGAUGGAGAAAAUGUCACUAAUAACUCACAUUCCAUGAGCGAAAUUGAAAAAGAUUCAAAUUUUUCCUUAACAGGAAAAGAACUUUUUUUGAACAAGAUAGAAAAAACAGACAUAACACCAUGCCAUUUAGACUUUAAUGAUUACAUAAACUUUAUGUUAAUUUUAAUUCAUAGUCUACAAGACGAUGCAAAUGGAAAGUUUCAGUUAAAUUCACUUAUUUCAAAAGGGGUAAAUAAUAUCCCAAAAAUAAAACAAAUGAACGAAGCUUUAGAUGAGCAUACGAAAAAGUUAAGAAAAAAUUUGCAUAGUAGAAGACGUAUCAUUAUUCAGCUUUUUGAAAUAUUUGAUACUUUUUUGGGAAAGACACCUUGCAUGGAAAACAAUUGUACAAGCUUGGAUGAUUUUCCCAAACCGAAGGACAUGUACGAAUCUCGCAUCUGUCAAAUGAUGUACAUUCUGCAUUUCAUAAAAAUGUUAAAUGAAGAUGUGUACAACGAUAUAAUGAAAUUGCAAAGGAUGAAUAAAUACAAAAAUAGAGAAGAAAGGAAAGACUCAAAUGAUUCCAAGAAAAACUUGUUCGAGUUAAAAAUAGAAGAUUUAGAAUUCUUAAACUUAUCGAGAAAUAACCAUAUCAGUUCGUGCACACCCCAUUCCAUGAUUCCUAAUAAUCAAACAGUUAGUAGAUAUAAAUAUAAAAGUGUUCAUGAUACUAUAGACUUAUUUAUGCAGAGUUUCAAAAUGCACAAAUGCACUAAUUAUGCUGAUGUGAAUUUGAAGAAUAAUAAGAAUGACCUGCACAAAAUGGAAUCAUAUUACAAGCUAAACGAUUUCUUAAUUUCAGAUAUAAUACAUAUUUUUGAAAAAGGAAAAGAUAAAAUUUUCCAUUUUCUUCUAUUUUAUCCUCAUGAAUUAAAAAGAACAGUUGUAAAAAAAAGAGAAAAUAAAAUUUUUCUAAAGCACGAAUAUGAUGAAUCUCUUAUCGUAUGUACAGAGGUUAUAUUCUUUUACAAUUUUUUAAAAAAAAAUUUUCAGAACCAGUUUUUUUUCAUGCUUCUGGAUACCACUCCGUUUGUUAAAUUUCACACAUGCACAAAUGGCGAUGCACUUCAGGGGGAUGUGUUGGGAGAUCCACAUCGUGUAAUGCACGAGGCCUCUAGCUUUUUAGAGGCCAUCAUGAUGCAGUAG